ACUUUCCGCCUUCGUCUCAGUCGUCAACAGGACAUCGAGCAGUGCAAGUCGACUGUGUCGCACGUGGAUGUGGCAGAUGUUGUUGGUGUAGCCGUAGCCGUAGCCCCGUGUUGCCAUUGCCAUUGCCGUUGCCGUUGCAUUGACAGUGAGUGAAGCAGAGUGCAGUUUUGGAUUUUGUAAAGUUUCGAUUUGUUGCCGUUGCCGUUACUGUUGCCGCUGCUUCUGGCUGUAUACCCGUGUCCUUGUCCUUGCGCCGCGUGUUUUAUCCUUAGCCUUGCUCACGGUCAGGUACCACAUCCCCACACCGCAUACCCUUAAACCAGCUCAUUCGGUAGCCAUUCACGAGUGCACUCAGGUCGCAGUCCUCACCCAGCCUCCGCCAAUUGAAUGCAAAAGUUCAGGCUAUUCCGAGCGCUAAAAGCCACCUUUCCCACCCCGAAGAUAUUUGGAAUCCGUGCAUUAGCAUUAACAUAAACUGCCUGGGAUCGACAUCGAGACAACACACAAGAAAAGAGCCGGAUGCGGGCUGCCAUGCCACACCACCACCACCACUGCCACAUGUCAUAAGUCAACCACAAGGCUGCUGCUUUAGCUGCUCCUCUUGUCCCCUCCCAGCUCUGGGGCAGAGCUCACGGAUGCCGCUGCAAUAUGCAUUUAUCCGCUCAGUAAAAGCGUGAGUGCAGGGGAGAGAUGAGCGAACGCGGCAGCGGAGGCACCGUCACCGGUGGCCGUCAUGCCCGGGUCAGUCCCACGCCCGGACGUGGCAGCAAGAUUGCGUACACGCCAUGUCCGCGCUCCGAGCCGCCACAGGAUCUGGACCUGACGGUGCCGCCACCAGGGCGCAAUUGCCUGGCCAUACCAAUGUCUUCGCUGCAGACGGCCAAUGGACCCAGCAACAAAGAACGAUGUAGCGCAUUCUCAGGCAUACCAAGCACCCCGAUAUCGAGCACAGCCACGUCAUUCGCCCUGCCCGGCAACUUGCCCUAUGAGUUGGACGCUCCACAGCCGCUGGUCGACCGCCGGCCAUCCUUUUCCCUGAUGCGUUGGAAUAGCAGUAGCAGCGGACCGGGUACUGUCAGCAGCAGUGCGAAUAACAGUUUGCUACGCCUGCAGCAGCAGCAUCAGCAGCAGCAGCAGCAGCAGCAUCAUCACUUGGCAACAGCAACAACAACCUUGGGAUACGGUGAUGCAACAGUGGCCAAUGCAACAACCACGUUGCUAACGGCCGCGGCUGCAGCCACGCGGCAAGUGAACUUUGGCGGUGGUGGCCUCACUGGAGUCACGCGAGCCGAGCCGAUCUCCCUGGCCACAUUGGAUCGGGACUGCUUCAUCAUUCCGGUGCAUAGUGUGGACCGCUUCCUGCCGGCUGGUAUACCUAUACCCGCUCUGAGUGCCGAUGGCAAGACAGCCAGUCCGCUGAGCGUUCUGGAAGUCUCCGAUCCGAAAUUAUGCAUCCUGGUGCAUUUGAUGAGUCCGUUGGAGGCCAUCGAUCCCGUCAUGGAGUCACCCUUGGCGCACCCGCUGCUCAAGCAGCGUUCGAUUGCCUCCGAGCUGGUGACGGAGGUGCAGCAGGCCAACACAGCUGUGGGCGGCAUGCUCCUGGCCAACAUGGAGAAGAGCUCCGAGUUCCCAUUCAUCUCGUACUAUCUCAUCAAUACGAUGCAAACGGAUCCUUCCAGCUUCUAUGCCAGCCUACGCGUCUCAUCGCUGUCCAAGUUCGAGCCCAAGGCCCUCAAAUACACUGCCGCCCACACUUUGGAUCUCUACAGCGAGGUGGCGUCCAUUUGCCGGCCGCCGCUGGUUCUGCCUUCAAACGAGGCGGGGAGCUUCAAGAAAUCGCAGACCGCGGCCACCGGCUACAUUAUAACAGUGUUCAAGGUGUUCGAGGGCGACGAUGGCGAGCGGUUUGAAAAGAAUUGGCUGUACUGGACAGGCGCCCGGAUGCUGUACAGAUACUUGCCACGUGCGGCGGGUCUGCGGCGCAUCACCCUACACAAGAGCACCUCACAGAAGGGCGACAAGAUGUACCUCCUGGUCUGUGAGUGUGCGGACUUGCUCAAGGAUAUCUCGUUGGCCGCCUUCCUCAUCCCGGCCAUGCGGGCCAGGCUCUGCGGCUACACGGGACUCUAUCGACCAAUACAGGCCUUCUAGAUGGGAUCUAGAUGGCCCAAUAUUUUUCUAUCAGCUAUAAAUAGUUUAGUUUAGUUUAGUUCCGACUAAAAUGAAACUAAAAUGAAACAAACACUGCAAUACGAAUGCGAUGGACUCUGCACCCGUUACGUGAUUCUGAUUCGAUAUUUACUAGGCCUAAGCCAAUUUUAAAACUCUCUCAACUCUCAGAUACGGAUCUGCAUCUGCCAAUUAAGAACACACACUCGAUAGGCGUAUCAUAAGUAGGUGACAAUAUACUCAAGGUAACUCAUAUCGUCUGUUUGUCUGAUUUUGCUAUCAAAUGUCGGGGGGGAGACAGACCAGACCCAAUUAAUAGGACCAUAUCUAGUGUGAGUUGCAACUUGCAAGCGAAGAACUUCCAUUUUAGCCACAAUAAAUAGCGAAUCAAUCAGAACUAUAUGUAUACGUAUUCGAACCUAGAUAUAUCAAGAGAGUUUAUCACAACUUCGUAUGUAUUGUACUUACUAUGUAGUAAACACAAAAACAACAAACAAACAAAAAUAUAAACGCUGAAUUUUUCGCGCUGAAAAGUAGGCUAACAAAAACCGCAAACCAAGAGUCAAUUCUUAGCAUAAAACGUAGAAAAUUUUGUCAAACUGUCAAACUGGGGGGAAGGUUUCAGAGCAGAAAAGCCGCAAUUGAGGUCGGGGGAAAACUUUGCCCAAAUCUAACAGAAAUCUGCCAAAAAUAAGCAAAAAAAAAAAAAACAAACAAAAACCAAAAAUCUACUCCGUUCGAGGUUCAACAAAAA